UCCAACUCCCCAUUUUUGUUUGAAAUUCUCUGAAAAUGAGCUUCACCGACGAGAAAAUCCGGCUCAACAUUGGUGGGACCAUAUUUGAAACGUCAAAGUCUACGCUGACAAAAUUCGACGGAUUUUUCAAAACUCUACUUGAAACUGAUAUUCCAAUCCAAAAAGACGACUCAAAUUGCAUUUUCAUAGACCGAUCUCCGAGACAUUUUGAAAAAAUUUUGAAUUAUUUGAGAGAUGGUGCAGACGUGGAUUUACUUCCAGAAUCUGAAAAAGAAGUUCGAGAAAUUUUGAAAGAAGCUCAAUUCUAUCUAUUGGAGGGUUUAAUGGAGCUCUGCAAGCGGUCAAGUUGUAAAAUUCGAACUUUUGAAUCUUAUCACCAUUUGCUGAAAUUGAUAGCGGAAGCUGGAAAGCCGGUUCUAGUGAUGUUCUACCUGGUCAAAGACAAUCGAAUAGUUCACGUUCCCAACAAUUUCGAAUUUCUGGAUUUUUUGGAAAAACACCAAGGAAAAUUAGACAUUUAUUUCAAAGAAUCCCCAUACGAAACAACACACCAAAAUCCAUCACAAUUUUUACCACCUGGCCGUGAGGAAGCUGCUCCGUCAUGGACCUACUGCUUCUAUAAUACUCCAAAAUUACCGUUCAGAUUUACAAUUUCGUUUGUGGAAAAGCUGGAGGAGGAUAUCGAAUUUGUGUUGGGGAACUUGAAUAAAUGAUGAUAUGAAAAUUACAAUCUAAAUAUAAUACAAACUACAGAAAUUGUUCUGAAUUCUGAUUUUUAAAAAGUUCAGUUUCUCUUAUACUGAAUAGGUUU